AUGGAUACGGAUGACAUUGAACAAUAUAUCCAACACAUUAUUGAUCGGAAAGAAACAAGCUUAAACUUGAGUAAUCGCUCACUACGUGCCGUACCAUCGUCUGUUGCUCGUUGCUCCUUCCUCGAACAUCUCUAUUUGAAUAACAAUGAGCUGAUCAUUCCACCUACUGAACAAUUGUCCACAUUAACAAAUUUAGAAACACUUUCACUCGAACAAAAUCAAUUAACAAUGUUACCAUGUACAUUAUGGACUCUGAGGAGUCUGAUACGCUUAAAUCUUAGUCAUAAUCCACUUGGUCAAAUAUCAUUAGCGCUAGGUCAGUUAAGAAAUCUACAUGAACUAUGGCUAACAAACAUAAAUCUGUAUGACAUUCCAUUGAAUAUAUUUUCGAAUUUGAAUCAAUUAGAAAAAUUAUCAUUGAAAUCCAAUCAUUUACGACAAUUACCAAGUGAUAUUGGUUAUUUAAUCAAACUCUGUUGGCUGUGCCUCGAAGAUAAUGAAUUAAGUGAUUUACCUGACUGUCUACAAGAUUGUGUACAUUUAUCUUAUCUCAAUUUAAACGGUAAUAACUUUGCUCAUGUUCCAAAUGUGAUCGGCAAACUCUCCUCGUUGAAUAUCAUUUCCUUACAACGCAAUGCGAUUGCUGAAAUCAAUGAUGAAACCUUAUUAAUGUUCUCUAGCAUGACAAAAGUUGACUUGAGAGAGAAUCCAUUGGUUGACAGACCUAAUCAUUGGAAAGGUUUGGAUUUUAUCAAAGUUGGACGUUGCAUUGAUGUCGCAUCGUAUAACGAAGAGGAAGAUGAAGAAACUAAAUCAUCUGAAUCUAGUCAAGAGUAA